GUGUUGUUUUAUUUCUGUCUCCUUGUAGUGGGGAAGACUUCCUUGAUCACCAGGUUCAUGUAUGACAGCUUUGACAACACCUACCAGGCCACAAUUGGCAUUGACUUCUUAUCGAAAACCAUGUAUUUGGAGGAUCGAACAGUACGGUUGCAAUUAUGGGACACAGCAGGUCAAGAACGGUUCAGGAGCUUGAUUCCUAGCUACAUUCGUGACUCCACUGUUGCAGUUGUUGUUUAUGAUAUCACAAAUGUCAACUCGUUCCAGCAAACAACAAAAUGGAUCGACGAUGUCAGAACGGAGCGGGGCAGCGAUGUCAUCAUUAUGCUGGUGGGAAAUAAAACAGAUCUAGCAGAUAAGAGGCAAGUGUCCAUUGAGGAAGGAGAAAGAAAAGCCAAAGAGCUGAAUGUAAUGUUCAUUGAAACUAGUGCAAAAGCAGGAUACAACGUAAAACAGGUGAGUAAUGCCUUGGCUGCAUCCAACCCUUGCACCUUUGUGACAGUAAGAUCUGCUCUUAGGCAUCAGGAAGUCUUUGUGUAGGGAUAUUGGUAGUCC